AUGCCCCUACCCAAUGACACACCCUCACACAAGAAAUCAACUGUACCACGUAAGAUCGGUGUUCUCACCUCUGGAGGUGAUGCAGCAGGCAUGAACGCUAGUGUGCGAGCCGUCGUCCGUUAUGGUAUUUCAAAAGGAUGUCAUGUAUACGGUGUGUAUGAAGGUUACCAAGGUCUUGUUGAUGGUGGUGAUCGUAUCCGUCGCAUGGACUGGAAGAGUGUUCGAGGAUGGUUGUCAGUCGGUGGCACAAGUAUUGGUACUGCACGUUGUAUGCCAUUCAAGACUCGGGAAGGUCGUCUCAAGGCUGCCGAAAACCUCGUUCACAACGGCAUUGACUCGCUGAUUGUGUGUGGUGGCGAUGGCUCUUUAACAGGUGCAGACGUAUUUAGAUCCGAGUGGUCAGGUUUGUUGGAGGAGCUCAGAGCCGCCGAUAGAAUUACAGAGGAGGAGGCCACAACUUACUGUCACUUGACUAUUGUCGGCUUGGUGGGUUCGAUUGACAACGACAUGGCUGGAACCGACAUAACUAUUGGUGCCGUUACCUCGCUGCACCGUAUCUGUGAGAGCGUAGACUCAAUUGGAACCACUGCCCUGUCCCACUCGCGUGCAUUUGUUAUCGAGGUCAUGGGCCGUCACUGCGGCUGGCUGGCUCUCAUGGCUGGUAUUGCCACCGGUGCUGACUUUGUCUUUAUCCCUGAGCGCCCGCCAAUGGAAGACGACUGGGAAUCCACCAUGUGUGCUGUGGCCCACCGCCAUCGUGAGCUCGGCAAGCGCAAGACUGUAAUUAUCGUGGCCGAGGGUGCCAUCGACAAGUCGCUCAAACCCAUCAGACCUGAAUACAUCAAGGACAUCUUGACUGACCGUCUCGGUCUCGACACUCGCGUCACCACUCUUGGUCACACCCAGCGUGGUGGAUCACCCGCCGCCUACGAUCGUAUCUUGGCAACCGUCCAAGGUGUUUGUGCAGUCGACGCUGUCCUGCGCUCAACCCCCGAUAUCCCAUCCCCAUUGAUCGGAAUGACCAGCAACAAAGUGACAUGUGGACCACUGAUGAAGGCCGUCGAGCUCACACACGAGGUAGCAAAGGCAAUUGGAGAAAAGAACUUUGCGCGUGCCAUGGAAUUGCGAGACCCCCAAUUCGCUGAAGAAUUCAAUGCCUACACUGCCAGUACGAUUGUCGAUGAUGAGUCGGACCUGCUGCCUCCUCAUCUACGCUUGCGAAUUGCGAUUGUCCACAUGGGUGCUCCUGCUGGUGGCAUGAAUGCUGCCACCCGCACUGCUGUUCGCUACGCCCUCAACCGUGGCCACACCCCCUUUGCUGUCUACAACGGUUUCCCUGGCCUGGUGCGUGGCUCAAUUGAGGAGCUGACCUGGAUUGGUGUCGAUGGCUGGACUUCGCGCGGUGGUUCCGAGUUGGGUACCAACCGUGCUGUUCCAGGCGAAGAGGUUGAUAUGGGAAUGGUCGCAUACCAGCUCCAGAAAUUCAACAUCCAGGCCAUCAUGAUCGUAGGUGGUUUUGAGGCUUUCUCGGCCUUGAUCGAGCUUGACAAAGCGCGUGCAAAGUAUCCCUCUCUUUGCAUCCCUAUUGGUCUCAUCCCUGCUACUGUUUCAAACAAUGUGCCUGGUACAGACUUCUCACUUGGCUCCGACACUUCAUUAAACUCUAUUAUCGAUGCAUGUGAUUCAAUUAUCCAAUCUGCCCGAUCCUCGCGCCGCCGUGUGUUUGUGGUUGAGGUCCAGGGUGGCAAAUCUGGCUACCUGGCUGUCGAGGGUGGACUUGCAACUGGUGCCAACACUGUCUACAUUCCUGAAGAAGGCAUCAAGCUUGAACGCCUGCAGUCUGAUGUCCGCCACCUUAUGGCACUCUAUCUCGACGAUGCUGCUGACAAGGCCGAGGGUCGUAUCAUCUUGCGUAACGAAAAGGUAUCAAAGACCUAUACUACUGAUGUUAUCAGCAGCAUUCUCAAAGACGAAGGUCGUGGCUUGUUUGAUUCCCGCACGGCUGUUUUGGGGCACAUCCAGCAGGGAAAUACCCCCUCGCCCAUGGACCGCAUUCACGCCACACGCCUGGCAAUGCGAUGCAUUGACUUUGUUGAACAGCAUACCCAUGAAGCACUUGAGAAAGCACAUGUUCUUGGCGAGUCUGUUCCAAUUGAGCUUACCUCAGCCCCAGAGUCAAUAGCCGUGGUUGGCCUGACAGGUGCCGAAGUACACUUCCCAUCCGUUAGAGAACUCUUGCCUACAACAGAUGUGAUUAACCGUAAGCCCGUAAAGGCCUGGUGGUUCGAGCACAGAGGUCUUGUCGAUCUUCUUUCCGGCCGUGGUCUUUUUACUCCAGAAGCCCAAGCAUCCCUUGAAGAAAAAUAA